AAACUACUGGAUGAGGUUGAGGACCCAUUGGGUAUCGAUCUGCUCCAUUUCGGGAGCCUCAAGCAAGAAGCACUACAGAAGGAGACUAACAGGGAUCCUAUUCUACAGCAAGUGAAAGAAUUCACUCAUGCUGGUUGGCCUGCAACUAUUCAGGAACUUCCAAACGAUUUGCGCCCAUUCUGGCCAUUUCGUGAUGAACUAGGCAUGUCUGGAGGUGUCCCCUUCAAAGGCAGGCAGGUGAUCAUUCCCCAAUCUAUGAGACAAGAUAUCCUUCAGCAACUGCACAAAGGCCAUCCGGGCAUCGAGAAGAUGAGACUCCUAGCGCGCCAGUCGGUUUACUGGCCAAACAUAAAUCGCCAGAUUGACGAAAGUGUCAGACUGUGCAACCAAUGCCAGGAAAGGAUGCCCGAGCAGAGAAGGGAACCACUCCUUCAUCAUGAAAUCCCUAUCACACCUUGGACCAAAGUAGGCAUGGACCUGUUUGAGUUGAAUAUGGUUCAGUAUCUUCUUAUAGUUGAUUAUCACUCGAAAUUCCCAGUCGUACAUCGGUUGACUUCCACAACGAGUGCAAGUGUGGCGAAUGCUGUAACUGGCAUAUUUGGCCUUCUGGGAUCUCCUACAGAGAUUAUGUCAGACAAUGGCCCACAAUUCAUCGGUGCCGCUUUUCAGCAAAUGUGCAAGGACUGGGGAAUUACGCAUCAGACCUCCUCACCAAGGUACCCCCAAUCAAACGGACAAAUAGAGCGUACGCUCCGAACAGUGACUAAGAGAUCAUACGGAAAACACAGGCAACUGGAGUACAGCAGCAGCUCUACUAAACCUACGAUGUACUCCAGUGGAUGCCCAUCUUCCAUCCCCAGCCGAAAUGUUCGGCCGCCAAGUCCGAACACUACUUCCUGCUAACCUUGAUUCGAAUACAACAUAUCAAGGACAAAAGAACCAGGAACGUUUGGAGCAGCGCAGGGGACGCAUGAAGACGGACUACGAUGCGGUUGGAAGCAAGCAAUUAGAGCUCCGCACUCAGAGUAGGACAGAAAGUCCGCUUCCUGGACAAAGAAUCCCACACUUGGAUUCCAGCUGAGGUGACAGACUUAUGUAAUGAUCUAUA